AUGGCACUUUCAACGUCGAUAACGAGGAUUUCAGACCAGCUUCCUUUGGCUGCGUCGAUCGAUGAUGAUCAAACAGAAACCAGCCUGAAGGAACAAAAGCAGCAGUCAAAACUCAUUCUUCGCAGAAUAUCCCCGCAGUCAGAAUCUAAAUGCUCAAUUGAAUCGGGUAGCUACACGAUACAUUACCUGUUAUCUGAUGUGGUUUGCUACUUGUGCAUAUCAGACAAAUCCUAUCCGCGCAACUUGGCUUUCAGCUACUUGGAUGAGCUGGAUAAGGAGUUCAAGCAGUCAUAUACCACUCAAUUGCCCACGUUUAAACGUCCAUACGCUGCUCAAUCUUUUGAAAAUUUUAUCUCAAAGACACAAAGGGUUUAUAUAGAUCCUCGCGCUGCUACAGCAACACAACAGCAAUCACCAUACUCACAACUCAAUGACGACCUUCAAGACGUGACACGAAUCAUGACUAAAAACAUUGAAGAUUUGCUUUGGAGAGGUGAUAGUCUCGAUAAAAUGUCUCAUCUGUCUACAUCCCUUAAAGACGAGAGUUUCAAGUAUAAAAGGGCAGCCAAGAAGGUCAAUCUGGAUGCGCUGAUAAGAAAGUACAGUCCAUUGGUGGGAAUAGCGAUAGUAAUAUGCUUUGUAUUGUACUGGAAGUUCUUAUAA